UUAUAAUGAUGGAAAACAUUGAUUAUAACGAUUCUAAUAGUAAAUCUGUAGAUAAAAUCAAAAACUUUUUUAUUCUAAACUUCGAUAACGAUACAUAUCAAAAUAUUAAGGAUAAAAUAUUACAACUAGAUGGUGAUGAUAAUAAAGACUAUGACCUUAAUAGUGAAAUAGAAGAAAUUAUAUUAUAUGAUGAGUUAGAUGAAGGAUUUGAUGAAAUUAUACCAAAUAUUCCCAAAAAUAAAGAUAAUAAAUACACACCUUGUGUCAUUAUAGAUAAUGACAAUGAUAAUUACAAAAUACACUGUUGCAAUGGAAUUGAUGCUAACCAACCUCUUGCACAACUUAAGA